CACAAUGCCGCGUACCGGAAGCUGCUGCCUGCCCGGGUUCACUGUGGCUUCGACCCUGUCGCUCUCUAUUCGUCACCGGGAGGAAGACGGCGCUGCCAGUCCGGCCCAGACACCCACUAGGGGAUGCAGUUAUGGGUGCUGCUUCCGCGGGCUGUGUCUUGUGUCAGUAAGUAACCCGUGAAGUGCCAACAUGGGGAAGAAACGCCCAAAGGGAAAAACUGUUGCAGUUGAUGACUCCUCUGAAUCCGCAGAGUCUGUGUGCAAACACCUUAGAAAAGGACUGGAACAAAAUAAUUUGAAAAGGGCUCUAGUGAAUGUGGACUGGAAUAUUUGCCAAGACUGUAAGGCGGACAAUAAGAUAAAAGAUAAAUCUGAGGAAGAAGCAGAAGAAAACCCUUCAGUUUGGCUGUGUCUUAAAUGUGGCCAUCAGGGCUGUGGCAGAGACUCCGAGGAGCAGCAUGCCUUGAAGCACUACCUGACACCACGAUCUGAACCACACUGUCUGGUUCUCAGUUUGGUUAACUGGAGUGUAUGGUGUUACAUUUGUGAUGAAGAAGUCCAGUACUGUAGCUCCAACCGAUUGGGCCAAGCAGUUGAUUAUGUUAGGAAACAGGCUGGUAAUCCAGCUCCAAAACCAGCAGAGCAAGAUAAUGGUAACAUUGAAGUUGAAAAUAAGAAAUUAGAAAAAGAGAGUAAAAAUGAACAAGAAAGAGAAAGAACAGAAAACCUCCCGAAAGAAAAGGCUUCCAUGAAUUCAGCUUCACAAAUCUCUGUGAAAGGACUCAGUAAUUUGGGAAACACCUGUUUCUUCAAUGCAGUUAUGCAGAAUUUAUCACAAACACCAGUGCUUCGAGAACUACUGAAAGAAGUGAAGAUGUCUGGAACAGUUGUAAAAAUUGAACCACCUGAUUUCGCACUAACAGAACCCUUAGAAAUAAACCUUGAACCGCCAGGCCCUCUUACUCUAGCCCUGAGCCAGUUUCUUAAUGAGAUGCAAGAGACCAAAAAGGGAAUUGUGACACCUAAAGAACUCUUUUCCCAGGUCUGUAAAAAAGCAGUGCGGUUUAAAGGCUAUCAGCAGCAAGACAGCCAGGAGCUGCUUCGCUAUUUAUUGGAUGGGAUGAGAGCAGAAGAAUACCAAAGAGUGAGUAAAGGAAUUCUUAAAGCAUUUGGUAAUUCUACUGAAAAAUUGGAUGAAGAACUAAAAAAUAAAGUUAAAGAUUAUGAAAAGAAAAAAUCAGCACCAAGUUUUGUGGAUCGCAUCUUUGGUGGUGAACUAACUAGUACAAUCAUGUGUGAUGAAUGCAGAACUGUCUCCUUGGUUCAUGAAUCUUUCCUUGAUUUGUCUCUCCCAGUUUUAGAUGACCAGUUUCUGACUCAUAUUGUCUCCAUAUUUAAGAGUGGUAAGAAAAGUGUAAAUGAUAAAAAUCUGAAGAAAACAAUGGAAGAUGAAGAUAAAGACAGUGAGGAAGAAAAAGAUAAUGACAGUUACAUAAAAGAGAGAAAUGAUAUUCCUUCAGGAACAAGUAAACACUUGCAGAAAAAGGCCAAGAAGCAAGCCAAAAAGCAAGCCAAGAACCAACGAAGACAACAGAAAAUUCAAGGAAAGGUUCUUCAUUUAAAUGAUAUCUAUGCUAUUGACCAUUCUGAAGAUAAUGAGUGUGAGGCUGACAUGUCACCCCAGGGAGACGUGGAUGUGAAGUCCGACCAUAGUUCACAAGAGGAAGUUACACCGGAGGAGUCUGGUGGUCAUCAGAAGGAUGUGAAUGACCGAGAAGAAAUAAUAGAGUGUGUCACUGAUAGUCAAGACGCCGCUGAGGAAGUAGAUAAGCAAAAUGUGAACAUGAAUAAUGAUCUGGAAGUUUUGGCAUGUUCCCCCACUGAAUGUAGUGGAAAUGUCAAUGGUGCGCAGCCGCAAGACGAAAGCAAUGGAGAAGUAGACAUUUCCAAUGAGUUCAAAAACCUUAACUUGAAUGUGACCGUUGAACCUGAUGAAAUAAAUAUAGAGAUUGUGAAUGACAGCCAUACAUCUGAGACAAAGGUAUAUGAGGUUGUAAAUGAAGAUCCAGAAACUGCUUUCUGCACUCUCGCAAACAGGGAAGCUUUCAGUGCCGACGAGUGUUCCAUCCAGCAUUGUUUGUAUCAGUUUACACGCAAUGAGAAGUUGCAAGAUGCAAAUAAACUGCUUUGUGAAGUGUGCACACGGAGACAGUAUAAUGGACCAAAGGCAAAUAUAAAAGGUGAAAGGAAACACGUUUACACCAAUGCUAAAAAGCAAAUGCUGAUUUCUCUUGCUCCUCCUGUUCUCACUCUUCAUUUAAAGAGAUUUCAGCAGGCUGGUUUUACUCUGCGCAAAGUUAACAAACACAUAAAGUUUCCAGAAAUCUUAGAUUUGGCUCCUUUUUGUGCCCUUAAAUGUAAGAAUGUUGCUGAAGAAAAUACAAGAGUACUGUAUUCCUUGUAUGGGAUUGUUGAACACAGUGGUACAAUGCGGUCAGGACAUUACACCGCCUAUGCCAAGGCAAGAACUGCCAGUACUCGCCUCUCUAAUCUCGUUCUUCACGGUGAUAUUCUGCAAGGUUUAGAAAUGGAAUCAACCAAAGGGCAGUGGUUUCACAUCAGUGAUACACAUGUGCAAGCUGUGCCUACCACUAAAGUCCUAAACUCACAAGCAUACCUCCUAUUUUAUGAAAGAAUAUUAUAAAACAAAACUGGUUUUUACAGUGGCUGUAUAACAAUAAAGAAGUAACGACUAUAA